GAAGGGGCGUGAGAUUAUAAAACCGAGGAUCGCCGUGUGUCCUUUUUGUACCUUCCACAUAGUCCCAACCGCCCACGGCCACCAUCUGCUGCUCCCGAAGCAGAGGCUCAUACAACGGCGUCAAGCCUGGAGCUUUAAAGACAACAACGGGGGUAUCCCAUUUAAAGCACCACGGUUCCUGAUUAGCUGAGUGAAAUUUAUCACUAAAGCUAAGACCACCGUUGUUGACGCCAUCCACCAGUCCCACAAAUCAGAACAAAAUGGUGCAGAACAAGAUCACCGAAGUUACCGGAUUCCAUCUCUCUUUUAAGGGCCAAAAUCCCUUUGAAUCUGAGGAAUUUUCCAAAACAGGAUCCCAUCUCCUUGAAUCUGCCUUCAAUUUUGAUUGUUCCGCCCGACCUGACAUGCCAUCCAGCCAGCCCAUCGACAUCCCAGAUGCCAAAAAGAGAAACAAGAAGAAAAAGAGAUGCCGGGCAACAGACAGCUUCUCAGGGCGAUUUGAGGAUGUAUAUAAACUGCAAGACGAGGUGCUGGGAGAAGGGGCCUAUGCCAGAGUCCAGACCUGCAUCAACCAAAUCACCCACAAAGAAUAUGCUGUGAAGGUAUUCCAUGUGAAGCAUCCGUGCAGAAAUGGCAUUCAAGAGCUAUUGUUAGAAAGGACUUUCCCUUUGAAGCAGUCUCUUGGAAAUGGAAUCAAAUGGGUUACGGGAAUGAUUUUUCCCUCUUUGGCAAGCAGACGUGACUGUAGUUGUUUUGUGCUGACUGGCACUGUUGCAUGUGAUUGGAGAGGGCAUGCUAGAUUUCUGCAAGCAGUGGAUGGUGAGGUCACGUUCAGGCCAUGCUUAAUUCUGGAGCUGGUGGAGUUCUUUGAGGAGGAGGACAAUUUUGACCUUGUGUUUGAGAAGCUGAGAGGAGGUUCUGUCUUGGCCCACAUUCACAAGAGGAGAUACUUCAGCGAGCAGGAAGCCAGCAUUGUGGUGCAGGACAUUGCGAGUGCGCUGGACUUCCUUCACAAUAAAGGAAUGGCUCACAGAGACCUGAAGCCUGAAAACAUCUUGUGUGAACACGAGGACAGGAUUUCGCCUGUGAAGAUUUGUGAUUUUGAUCUGGGCAGUGGAAUUAAACUCAAUAGUGACAGUUCACCCAUCUCCACUCCAGAGCUCCUCACUCCAUGUGGAUCUGCUGAAUACAUGGCGCCGGAAGUUGUGGAAGCCUUCAAUGAGGAGGCGACCAUCUACGAUAAGCGCUGUGACCUGUGGAGCCUGGGUGUCAUCCUCUACAUCAUGCUGAGCGGUUACCCUCCCUUCGUGGGCUGCUGUGGAAGCGACUGUGGAUGGGAGAAUGGAGAACCUUGUCAAGCGUGUCAGAACACCUUGUUUGAAAGCAUCCAGGAGGGCAAGUAUGAGUUUCCAGAGAAAGAGUGGGCUCAUAUUUCCUCCAGUGCCAAAGACCUCAUUUCCAAACUGCUUGUGCGGGACGCCAAGAAACGUCUUAGCGCUGCUCAGGUUCUCCAGCACCCCUGGGUACAAGGGGGUGCCUUUGACUGUCUCCCUUCCUCUAUCCUGCCACAAAGGAACAGCAGCACUAAGGACCUGACGUUCUUUGCGGGCAAGGCUGUUGCCAUGAACCGGCAACUAGCUGAGCAAGACGACCUGGAAGAACAGCAGCUGCAGGACUCUCCUCAGGUCGUCACAGCCAGUGCCACGUCCAUGCGUCUCUCCCCUCCCUCCAACUCCAAACUUGCCAAGCGCAGACAGAGGAGUAGCCUGCUGAAAGGAGCGCCCGUGUCUGCCUCUGAGCUCAGGCAGCUCCUGGCACCGCUGGUCAUUGUGGGAGACUGUGCUUGAUCUGUUGAGCUGGGCUCCCCGUGAACAAUUUUCCAAUUUCAAAUGGACAAAGUAUCUGCUACCUUUAGUGCAAAUCCCUCUCCAUUUCUUCUGCCCACUUGAAUGGGACCCAGCCCUUUCCUAAAUGAUGGUUCAGUUUGUGCCUGUUGCAAAUCCAGUUUUGCUCCCUUAAGCACUGGAGCAAGAGCUCCUACAGCACUUUGAUCAACUCGACAGCAUGGCAAUUACCUUGCGAGCUCAAGGCGAAUGAACUGGACUCCGUUUAGGAUAGAGAUUGGGUUACACAAGCCAUUUGGAAAUUUGUCUAAAGGUAGAGCGUAAAAUACCAGCUCCGACACCAAAGGUCUAAUACCUCCCACCCCCUUCUUUUUGUGCUGCUUCCAUGUUACAACUGGAUCCACUGUGAAUUUUCUCUGUGAGAGAUACAACUGCAUUUGUUUUUCAGGAAUGUUCUUCCUGUAUGUGUGUGUGUGUGUGUGUGUGUGUGUGUGUGUGUGUGUGUGCGCGCAUAUAUCCCUCUCCCCUUCAGAAGAUACUGGUAUGUGCUUAUGCAACCCUGAUGAAGGCUAUUAUGACUUGCAUUACUUUAGCAGAGAUCUUGUAUAAGUGGAGCGAAGCUCUGAUAAUAGUGCCUCGCCUAAUUUAAUGCAUCGCUGUCCUUCCCCCACAGCCUUUUAAUUGCAACAAGAAAAUCCCCUGACUGACCAUUAGGAAUAACUAGUUUUUUCUGUUAUUCAAGCACUUCCAGAGUGUGUCCUUAUAGCUAGAUUAUCCCAGCAGUCUGCUUUCAAGACAUGGGUUCCCCUAGUUGAGGAACCGAUAAAUGCAUUUGAUUUAGGGUGUAUGUGAGGUUUUCGCCUUGCAAGACUCCAAUUGGAAUUGCAGCAUCAGAUGCAUCCAAACCGAUGUCUGGGAAACUCUAACGUUUCCUGUAAAUUUCACUAAAAUCUUAUCAAUAACCGAUAAGAGUGACUAUAAACAUUUCCGAACACAACUGGAAUUGAGUGUAUGCUGGGAAGCAACCAGGUGGUUGCACAAGCACACAUUUGCCAGUGUGACCACAUGAAUGACGAUGGUCGGUAUCAGAGAGUUGAGGCUUUGAGCUUGUACCCCACUUUAAGGGGGCCAUUAUGGUACAGAAAUAUCAAUUUGUCAGAUUGUGGAUGCCACCAAAAAGCAAACUAUAUAAAUAUUAAGAGGGGAGGGAGAGAUUAUUUUCAAGUAACAUAAAACUACAAAAAAAAGAAAACAAAAAAAAAUAUUCCAGAAAAAAAAUAUUUAAAAACAAAAACUAAACAAAAAAAGUCUUCCAAGAAAAUGUAGCCGUAUGAGUGAAAUGGUCUAAGAAAGUUUAUUUUAUUUUUUUUAUACGUUAAUGGUUGACUCCAGUGCAGAGUGUGCCACACUGAUAUUUCAAACGUUGUUGAGCUUUGUUUAACUUUUUAUUGAAAGAAUAUAAUUUUUAUGUAGGUGCUGUUCAAGUGGAACGUUUUCCUUUUUUAUAGUUUUGUUACUUUAUUAAUGUUGAUUUAUAUGCUGUAAAGAGUGAGAAGAGUGUAUGCGAAUGUGACUGGAGUUAGGGGGAGAAAGGAAGGAAAAAAGAAAGGGCGUCAUAUAGUCUGUUCAGAUCUGAUGAUUUUACUGUUUUUGUUCUUGCUUUGGAAAUGACUUCAGGGUUGUUUAAACUCCCCUUUUCUCUCAGAAAUUAUUGGUGGCUUGAUCGUUUUAGUAAGACGCAUCAAUUUUAGCCAAAGUGCGCUCGUUUCUAAAAUCGAAUGCACUGAGGUAUCUGGUAGUGCUGAUCUUGAAUCAGCUUUAGCCUUUCCUAUGCCAAUUCAUAAGACACCGCGUACCUGGUAGAGCUGAGCACAGACCAUCAUUCACUCUCCGAGGUGCAUAAAACAUUUGAGUCCAGACGUCUGGAUUCAUAUUGAGUGUUUAUAAAUUCUGCAAGCAUUAGUGUCACCAAUGGGAGUUCAAAUCACCCAAGCAUACGUUGAAUGUUUUCAGAGUGUCGCCCGUUCUAUCGUGUUGCUCUGAGAUGCUUUGAGAACCCUAAUGGCAGUCCUUGAUUUGGAAGGGCCCAUUGUGCUGAUUAUUAUGACACUGAUUGUAACCUUUAUUGUUUUUUUUUCGUCUUUCUUUCUUUCUUUUAAGAAUCUUUUUACAGAUGCAUCUUUGUGGGUUUUUUAUGUCUUAUAGUAAGACUUGAAUUGUAUGUGCAGAAGUUUCCUCAUGUUUUGUUCAGGAAACUUAUUUUGCUACAAUGUAUAAAUGGCAAACAAAAAUGUUCAUAAGCUGAGAUUUAAAGCAAUCUUUGGUCUGGAAAGUACCAUUUCCACCACUUCAGUUCAGUAUUUUAUCUUUCUCCUUGGCUUUGGUAUAUUGCAGAAAUCCCAAGUGUUUUGGGUUUGUAUUUUCUGAGGAGUCUGUGGCGCUUGGCUGGUCCUCUAAAGUCCCUGUGCCUCUGACAAAAGAUUCACCACUCUUUUACCCAUAUUAUAGUUAUGGGUUGCCUUCUAUUAACAGAUCUGUCUUGGAUUUUCAAAAAUGAUUUUUUUUAGGGGGUGUAGAAAGUUCUCAUUCAAUGUUCAGCCCAAUAUUAGCCAUUACAAACAAGUGUAAAUUAUCAUAUGAAGUUUCUUUGUUUUCUUUUCCCCAACUCAAAGAUUAUUGGGAUAAUAAUAUUCAAUAGUAUACUGAUAAUAGUAUUCAGGUGCACAAUUUAAACUUUUUUUUAAAAAUAUAUCUAAUGUGACCCUUUAGUCCGAAGGCUAUUGUUUUGGGGGUGUUGUCAGCAACACUUAUUAAGAGCACUGUUUGUCCAUUUCCAAAUUCCAAACUUUGUCCAAAAUAAUAAUUGGGGGGAAAUCUAAAAUGGGGUCACAUUUAGGGCAACAGGUAUUGAUUUAAUAAAAAGCACUUUACUGUACAAUGUGGCUGACUGCAGUUCACACGAAGCUAAAUUUAUGACUGUUGUGACAGAAUUUUGUAUCGUUUUGUACAAAACAAACCAACAAAAAUGCAAUAAAAUGCUUUGAACAGUG